AUCUUCUGUACUAGUUUCCUGCCCCAAAGAGGAGGAGGAAAAGGAGAUGCCAGUCGAAUUCUCCCUUGUCAAGAUGUCUAUUGGUGUGCCAAUUAAAGUACUCCAUGAGGCUGAGGGCCACAUUGUGACAUGUGAGACAAACACUGGUGAAGUAUAUCGGGGGAAGCUCAUUGAAGCAGAGAACAACAUGAAUUGCCAGAUGUCCAACAUCACAGUCACAUACAGAGAUGGCCGAGUGGCACAGCUGGAGCAGGUAUACAUCUGUGGCAGCAAGAUCCACUUUCUGAUACUGCCUGACAUGCUGAAAAAUGCACCCAUGUUAAAGAGCAUGAAAAAUAAAAACCAAGGCUCAGGGGCUGGCCGGGGAAAAGCUGCUAUUCUAAAGGCCCAAGUGGCUGCAAGAGGAAGAGGACGUGGAAUGGGACAUGGAAACAUCUUCCAGAAGCGAGGAUAACUUACUUUGUUGAAC